AUGCCCCUAAAUACACCCUUACUCACGCAAUGGGUGCAAGAAACAUACGGAUAUCUCCGACUUAUCGUGGUGGGGUCCCAGUGGAUGCGAAGUUGCCGCCCGCCCGCGCCCCGUCCUUGGGGACAUGGCCCGCCGGGUCCCAGGAGACCCCACUCCCUACACCCCAUCCCUGAAUCCCGGCAAAACAACCUUCAUAUUCCAUUUUUAAUUGAGAACUACUCUUUUGAAAGAACCUUUAAGUUCAGAUUUUACAAUACAUAUUUCCACCAAUAUGUGGUCAAAAUUGAAUUGGCAAUAGCGUUGCUGAUGUUUUGGUGCAAUUCAUCCCUUGUGGCAUAUUUCGCUGAUGAAGACGACUGGCCAGGAGGAACAUUGGACGGUGUUGAUAAUGAUGUCGAAGAAAGAACAAAAGCAAAAGCCUGUGGUAGCGGCGAGCAAGAAGUAUCCAAUGACAGUGAGGUGGCAGCCAACUCAGACCACGAUGAAGAAAUAUUUGAUGAUAUAGAAGAUGAUUGUCCAAAUAAAUCUUCUGAAGCACUGGAUUUAGAAGUAGCAGUACUGUUGUUAGGCCAACACGAGCGGUGCGCAAAUGUAUUCUCUGCGGGGGUGAUGGGAGGCGUGUGCGGGGAGGAGGGGGCAGCCGGCGCCGCUGAGCCCGAAGUUGGGCGCGUGGGCUUGUUCCCCAGGGAUCCUGAUGCCGGGACCGCACUCGGUUCCUUGCCGAUCGUGUUGUAA